AUGAUGAGUAAUUUGCUGAGGUUUAUUUCGAGGUGCUGUAUAUUUCAUGGCUCCGCGAGAUAAUAAUUUUACUCCCCGUAAUAGCUUGCUUAUUAGCGAGAUAAUAAAGAAGCAUCCGUAUGCAUGGCCUGAUGGCCAGCAUGCAUGUACAUGGUGCAGCUAAUGUGGGGGUCAUAUACCCGUAAUUGCAGUCCAAAAUGAGGAUAACUGAUGUGCAGGGUUUCACGCUUAUUAAUGAGGAUUCAUGUAAUUUAAGUGUGCACGAGGUCAGGAGUUGUAUUAUUAUUACCAUUACCGUACCGAUAAAGAGAGAAGUUUAUGAUUAACUUGCUGUGUUGUAUGGUAGAGCAAAAUAUUAGAUGUUAACUCAAAAUGAUGAACUUGUUUUUUUUUCACCUUAAAGUUGUCCUUAGUUAGUUCUGGGCCUUCCUUCUGCUUUUUAAUACACACAGGAAAAAUUUUGUGCCGUACAAAAUAAUAAAUCAAAUAAAACUUAGUUUUCGCUAACCGUCUAGGCCUUGCUUCUACUUCUGUUGUUGGUUCUUUUUUUUUAAAAAAAAAAGAUCUGGGCUCCAAUACUACAUAUUAGCAAAAUGAUCUUCAAGGAAACAACCGAUCUAAAAAGUGGACAGCAUUUCCGUAGGACGCUCUGGUAAUCUCUUUGUGGAUUAAAUCAUUCUCUUUUAGCACUGCUGAAACAAUUUUUCUCUAAAGCAUCAUCAGCCAGAAAGAUUGUGGCAAUCGAUCUUAACUCAAUUGACCAUCUCCUUAUUUAACAGAAUUUUGAGAUGUUCAUGGCUGUUUUAGCGCAAACAAGGAUGAUUGUUCCAUUGGAUUUUAUCAACUCAUUUAGAUAUAAGUAGCAAUCUUUAUUUUGCGAGUUUUUUUGUUUGAAAUGCAAACAUAUUUCUAUAUUUAUAAGCAUUUUCUAAACAAUUUUGUAAAAUCAAUAAGAAUAUUAAAUUUGAGGCUAACCGAAUAAUAGCAAUGAUAUACUCCAUGAAGAUAGAUUAGAAACUUAGAACAUAACCGAAUCAUGGAAAUACAAAGAACUAACUAGAUAUGUUCAUAAUAAUGGCUAAAACUGAAAACAGAUACUAUGUUUUUCUGAGCGGAUCGGCAUUCAGCAGGGGAGGCCCGGGCUAAUUUUUUUGUAUAAUAAUAAAAAAUGCAGAGUACGUACAAGGGGGUUACAGAUCUUAAAGCUCAAAAGAAACGUGAGAGAAAAACAAAUACUACGUUGAAGAUGAGCCUUACAACACUAACUCUUUCUCACAAGAAGAAAGAAAUAAUUUUGUGGUUUCUCUUGCGUUUCAAUACAAAAAGUAAUAUUUUCAUCCUAUGAUAUAUUGACGAGUCAAAUAGAUUUACAACUUCAAACUGAUUUGAAUUCAGACAUAUUUCUAAGAAGUUUUCUUUUCUUUGAGGGUAUAACGAUUAAAUUCAGAGAUUUUUUUUUAUCUAUAAUCGAUAUAUUUCACUACUGCCUGAGCAUAUAUGGUGCUUAAGCUUGAUUAGGGUUUCUGUUGAUCUCAGGCAAACAAUCAUAUGGGCCCACACAAUGAUUUCUAAAUUUUCCUGAUAACCAGUAUUUGGUUAAUGGGACGAUUCUGUCUUACGUCAAGAUCAUCAGCAGACAGCAUACGUGGGGAAAUAAGUCAUUGACGCCGAUCCGUACAGUGUGAAGUGGCUAAGGCAGUUGAGAAACAUAACACAAGCAAGCAUACUUUAUACUAGACUAAACAAAGGUAUAAACUCUUUGCGUCCAUCGUUGUUGUACUUGUGCAGUUGCAAACCUGCCUGCCUCAGAUCACCCGAACGCAGCCGUACGUCCAAUAGCUCCCGUCAGGCAAAGUGGUUUCAGCAACAAGAAGGUGAGCUGAUCAACCAAACACAGCGAAGCUAGCACCUAGUAGCAGCCAUGGCCGCCCAUGCUUCGGAAGGCCAACAACCAAUGCCACGCGUUCGUAGUUAGUUGCCAAGUAGGGCUGAGCUUCUGAAGCUGUAUAAAUUUCCAGGCAAGGACCCAUGUCUUUGCAUCUCGAAGUAAACAAAGCAGCCACUAACUAGUUCUUAAGCCCUCUUGCUAAUUUGUAGCUAGCAACUGGUGAGCAUACGACCAGGAGCAUCCAUGGCAUCCUCCUCGCCUAUCUUCGCCACGGCGCUCGUCAUGGCGCUCGUGCUCGCGAGCAGCGCCACGAGCCACGCCGCGCGCCGCCUCGCGGACACGGCGCCGGCAGCUGCUCCCGCGGCCGUCGUCCCCGGCAUUCCUGCCGUGCCGAAGCCGCCGGUGCCAACCGUGCCCGCGGUACCGACGGUGCCAACGGUCACCGUGCCACCAGUUCCCAAGGUGCCGGCGGCGACCUUGCCACCCAUGCCAGCAGUGCCGGCGGUCCCCGCGGCGACCCUCCCGCCGAUGCCCGCGGUGCCCACCACCGUGCCGAACGCGGCGUUGCCCCCCAUGCCGGCCGUGCCGAAGGUGACGCUGCCUCCCAUGCCCGCCGUCCCCAAGGUUACCUUGCCGCCGAUGCCCUCCAUCCCCAGCGGCGUGCCGGUGCCGUUCUUGGCGCCGCCUCCCUCGGCGUAAUCAAGCUAUAGCAUGCGCACUGCUCGUGUGUGGACACGCAGAUUGUCUGCGGUCAUUUUGCCGAUGUCUGAUUGUUGCGUCGCCGCCGCUCGAUCGAGUAUUUUGCUGCGAAUGAUGCUGUACUUUCAUGAACAGAUUGGCUGAGUUUCUUUAUUGGCUUCCAUUUGAUUUGUGUGGUUCUAUAUGUGUAUGUGUUAGUUGGAGGAGUCUUGGGUUUUGUCAUUGUACUUUGUAUAUGUAUGUACAUGGGUGUGCUCAGCAAUCCCGAGUUUCUGUAUAUUGGAUUCAAUUUGGUCACAUUGUGUUUCAUUGUAUAAUAAUGGAACUACUCAUAUCUUCUUGGCA